UUCCACUUAUUAUGAGGAUAUCAAAAACUCAAAAAAUCAACAUCUUUCAUCAAGUUUAUCUCUUCUCUCCUCUCCUCAUAACUUCUAUAAUCUUGUCAUCUUCAUUCUUCUUUGAACUAAGUGGUGGUAUUAAUUAAUGGCAUCCAGGAGAAUUCUCAAGGAGCUAAGGGACUUGCAAAGAGACCCUCCCACUUCAUGCAGUGCAGGUCCAGUAGCUCAGGAUAUGUUCCAUUGGCAAGCAACUAUAAUUGGUCCAAAUGAUAGCCCUUAUGCUGGUGGUGUUUUUCAAGUCACCAUCCAUUUCCCCCCUGAUUACCCUUUCAAACCUCCCAAGGUGGCUUUUAGGACAAGAGUUUUCCAUCCAAAUAUAAACAAUAAUGGAAAUAUUUGUUUGGACAUUCUUAAGGAUCAGUGGAGUCCUGCCCUCACCAUAUCCAAGGUUUUGCUCUCCAUAUGUUCACUGCUAACAGAUCCAAAUCCAGAUGAUCCAUUGGUUCCAGAGAUUGCUCAUAUGUGCAAGACUGAUAGGAACAAGUAUGAAUCAAUGGCUCGUAGUUGGACUCAAAAGUAUGCUAUGAACUGAGUCUGAAGACAUCAAGAAAAAACUCUAGUUUGUGACAAACAUGAAUUUCUUGCUAUCGAGCAAUAUAUAAAAUGUUCAGGAAAACUGGUACUCUUAUGAAAAAAUGAGACUGAGUGACAGUUGGAUGUAUUUAAAUCUCGGGAUUUGUUUUAAAUAAAAGGGAGAUUUUACUGUCUUCAUAUUAAACAAGAGAAUUGUGAUUAAGUUUGAUGAUGUAAAUUGUAAUCCUUCCUUCAA